GCCCGUUUUUUUUCCCUGGUUGAGGUGCUUUGUUUGUUCGUUGUUGUGCUCUGCGGAAUGAAACGAUAUCGGACCACCUGACAUGAUACUCGUCGCGUUGCACCGCAUCCUUUGAGGGGCGAAAAGCGAGUGCUUUACAUUAACACACACAGAGGGUAUUCAUGAAGAGAAGUGAUAACACCGCAUUUUAGUUAUGGCGGCAUUAUCCACUACGUCGUCGGCGACCGAUGCAGCGGAGACACACCUGCCCCUUCCUCCCCCUGUCUUACCGCCGCGACAGCUAAAAAAAAUUGAGAUUUCGUGCCGGAAGUGGCUCGUGCGGUUUUUACUCGCCGUUUCUUCGGUUGCACGAGCGCAGCAAACCGGUGCGGCCGUGGCCACGACCUCCUCUUUCGGCUCAGCGGACGUCGAGGGGAGCGGUGAGAGCAGGUACGAUGUGGGUGGCGUCGCCACACCUGUGUGUCCUGCGUGGAAACAGGCAAACGGGUUUGUGGCCUUAAACGGUGGAAUUCUUGCCGGGUGCAGCCCGCACGACCUCCGUGCCACGUUGGUGGCACAUCACUUGCUCCAGCCGCCGAUUCCAUCUUCGAACGAGACCAUUCUCGCGUACAGCUCCACGCUCCCCUUCGUGCUGUGCGCACGACCACUCGCAUUGCAGGCGGAGGCUGACACCCGCACCGGCCUUUUUGCGUUGUAUGUGUCGGCAGAAGACAUCACUCGCUGCACGGCGACCACACGCGCGUCCAGCGAGGCCGAAGGGCACUCCACCUCUGCACCGGAUUCACUUGCUUCCGGCAGAUGCGUCGAGAGCGGCAAGCCGGCAGUGGCAGACCGCAGCGGCGAGAAGAACCGCAGCGACAGCACGUUUCCCCCUUCGGUGAUCGGAGUUGUGGUGCUGCAGCUGCCGCCCGCCGCGUCGCUGUGGAAAGGCGGCUCAUCAACGUCAUCUGCGCAGCGAGGGUGUGGCUUUUUGUAUCUGCUACCGUGCGACGUAUCGCUCAUGCGCACGAUGCUGAGGUGCGUGCUCCAGAAGCCGGUGGUGGGCAUUGAGCGUUUGCUGGGGCACGGUGAACGCGCUGAGCGUGCACAUGACGAUGAAGAUAAACGUCCACGGGUUUGUGUGUCACAGGCGGUACCUGGCAUCCCUGGUCUCUACCUGGUCGAGGACUUUCUCACGCGGGGAGAAGAGGCCGCCAUCUGGGCGGAGCUGCACGAAGGUCGACAGCGGCUGCAGUUGGAGUACCUCUCGCGACGUCGGGUUGCCCACUUUAAUCGCCGCUUCAUCUACGGUGCGAACCAACUCACAACGGAGGGCGAGGAAGUCAACGCACGACCGUCGUUUUACGACUGGAUGCGUGCACGCCUGCAAAACAACGACCCCGCCCACUCGAUGCGCAUUGUGGGCGACUACCCCUUUCACCCGGGCGACUACGAGUGCGAUCAGCUCACCGUGAACUACUACGACUACAGUGAGAUGGGUGCGUGUGGGAUUGCGUCGCAUGUCGACGCGCACGCCGCCUUCGAGGACGCCAUUCUCAUCGUCUCGCUCGGCUCUUACACGGUGAUGGACUACACCCGGUGGGACACGCCAGCGGCAGAGGCAGCGGCACCGAUUGGCGUGUACCUGCCCCGCCGCUCCCUCGCCGUGAUGCACGGGGAGUCGCGCUACGGUUGGACGCACUGCAUUGCGGAGAAGCGCACGGACACCGUGUCGGAACUGCUGCCGACGUUGACGCGUGGCGACCGCCUGAGCCUGACGUGGAGACGCGGCCGCACCCAGCGCCACCUCAAAGCGGAGUGCCCUUUCCCCGCCUUGUGCGAUGGGGAGUGA